GUGAUAUUACCCGGGACGCUCUGACUGAGCACUACAAAUUAUCUUCGUGUCCAGUACACGCUGGUGGACAGCGCGGACUCACAGCAAGUCGGCAGGCUUACGGAGCUCCGUGUUAUACAUAGGUCGUUCAGGUCCGAGCGAUCGCGCUGACUCCUGCAGGACUUAAGCCUUCCAUGCGCUGUACUGGACACGAACUGGAAAGAUACAGCGGUAGAGAAUAUGCCUGGUAGCUAUCCAUUUUGGUGAGAAGGCGUGGCUGCCUCCAUGGCGGCUUGUUGCACCCAUCCGCUGGAUUUGACGAAAGUUCGAAUGCAAACACUCCCGCAGUCCGUUGCUGGCCCCAAAGGACCCUCAACAUUUACCGUCCUGCGUUUCUCCAUAGCAGAGGCCGGCAUUCGCAGCUUGUACACAGGACUCACAGCUUCCUUGAUGAGGCAGAUGUCAUAUUCGCUCGUCAGACUUGGUAGUUAUGAAAAGAUCAAGUACGCCUUAACCACAGAUGGCUCUGCAUCUACGACGGAGCUACUGCUGGCCGCGGCCCUGGCUGGCGGCUUAGGUGGGAUUGCAGGCAACCCAGCAGAUAUUCUGCUUGUUCGGAUGACUUCUGAUUCCAUACGCCCACCUGAGAAGCGAUACGGGUACCGCAAUGCUCUGGCGGGUCUCGUGAGGAUAGUCAAGGAUGAGGGUGUCCCAGGACUGAUGAGAGGAUUGGGUCCCAAUGUGACUAGGGCGGUCUUAAUGAACGCUUCCCAGGUUGGAUCAUAUGAUUACUUCAAAACGUUAUUACUCCGUCAUCGUCUUCCCAUGGUCGACUAUCAAAUGCAAGACAACCUCUUAUGCCACUUUACUGCCAGUACUCUGGCUGGGACAGUUGCGACUACCAUAUGUUCCCCCGCGGACGUCGUUAAAUCCAGAAUGAUGUCUCUAUCUGGUAACACAACCCCAAUGCAAAUGCUCAAGGAGUCCUUGAGGACGGAAGGCCCGGCAUUCCUUUUCAAGGGUUGGACACCCGCAUUCAUUCGCCUCGUCCCUAAUACGAUCCUUAUGUUUGUCUUUUUCGAGCAACUCAAGAAGCAGUGGAGGUUAUUAGUAUCCUCGUGAAGAUCUUCGUUGUAGAUGCGCGACAUCUGUGCUUAGGAUUAUACCUGCUAGACGGUCCGAUAGAUCUGCUUGCAUUAUCUUACAAUUCAUAUUUAUCCAGUAGACACACAGGCUCGUGAGGGAAGUCGUCUCCAUUUCCGGUUGUACACAGAACGUAUGCAGAUAUUGUCGAACAACACCAUCUGCCCGCACUCCCUUCC